GCGCGGGGGCGCGCGGCGGCGGCGGUCCCGCACCGCACCAUGGAGCGGGAUGCGGCCGUGCAGGAGGGGCUGCGGCGGAGCAACGCCCGCUUCAUGGCCUCCAUGAACAGCAUCCUGGAGCGGUAUAAUCAUCCGUUUGAAGAUGACUUACUUGUUUCCAUGGAUACCCUCACUUAUGAUACACCUGACGGACCAAAACGAUGGGGACAAGUGUCAAAGAAGGAUGUUAAAAAAUGGAAGAAGAAAAUAUUUAAGCAUAAUAGACAAAGUCAAAGGAAUAGAGAAAUAUCAGAGCAACAGAGCAGUGAUUUUGAAGAUGAACACUCAACAGUACCUCAGGAAUCUUCUGAGAACUCUGGUGUGGAUACAUCUGAUGCAGGUGAAGAAAGUGAUAUAGUUUCAGUAAGAAGAAAAUUUGAAGACAUUCACCUCCAGAAUCUGGAUGUAGAUGAUGGACAAGUCCUAAAGAAAGAGAUAGUUCAAGUGGAUCUGAUAGUACAAGGUGAUGAGAGAAACAUUCCCAAAUGGAUAACGGUAACAUCUCCAGGUUUGUUGAAAAGUCAGCAUUUAACUUCACCACUGCAAGAACUGAUUGACGAUCAAGCUGUUGUUCGCAGAAAGAAACUAAAGUUGUCAGGUGAAUGUUCUUCAUCCAAGUAUCUACAGUUACAACAUUCUGAUGUUCCCAUUUCAUCAAAUACAAUAACCACACCCAGGCAUCAACCUUGUUCAGAACUGAGCAAAACUUUGAGUGAUAGUAUCCAUGGAGAUUACCAAUCUGCAGAUGAGGAAUGCUCCUGGAGCAAUACAACUCUUGCAGACUUGUAUCCAGGAAUGGUAGAGGUAUUUACAAGGCUCAUGGCCAAGCGGUCUCAGAGAAAAGCGUUAAAAUACAUGUUUGGACACUUAAGGUGCAAGAGGCAUUCUAGACGACCAAAGCUCAAUGUCACUGUGGACAAUACCAGGAGGUUAGGAGCCUGUAAACUGAAGAAACCAUUUCACAGCAUAUGUAGCUACGGAAGUGAAGACGAGCAGAAUCCAACUUUUGGAAAUGAGAGCGGAGAAUUUUGUUAUGACAAUUGCCUCAUUAGUAAUUCAUCUGGUCUGGCACCUUAUACUGAUACAAAUGCAAUCAAAAUGGACUACUGUGACUCAAGUCUGGAACAACAUUUGGCAUCUGGAAAGGGCCAAAUAGUCUCCAAAGACAACACUGCUUUUCCUGAUGUUAUGGCUAGAAUGGGAGAAACGUUUCUAGUUGAAGAUGAAUUACUGACUACUGCCUCACCAAAGAAUUUAGAAUACACAGAAAGUGAAAAAAUGGCUUGCAAACAUUUCUCAGAAUACAGUUUUAUAACAUCACCUGCCAGUUCAGAUUCAAGAGCACUUCAUCUUGUAAAAGAGAGUAAGACUCAGAAAAGUGACGUUUCUUGUGUUGAUACCUCAGAGUUGUGUUCAUCUGCUUGCAGUUCCCGUGGCAAUAGUAACAAUUCUGUACCUAUCACAAACUAUUCCCCUGCAAGAUCAUCAAAUACUGUGCUCACAUAUCCUGAAAAAAUAAUUUCUGAAAGACAAACUACUUUCCAGCACAAACACUCAUUUUCCUCACAGUUUAUGAAUCAGAGUCCUUCAAAGAUGCCCCAUAAAUAUGAAGAUGCAUUUGAGGAACUCUACUACAAAGUGUGUUCUGAAGAAUUCCAAAAGUCUUUGACAUUGACAAGACCUCUUUUAAACUCACAGGACCUUGAAGAGAAAGGAAGGUUAGUGAAGAGUAAUUUAAGUGAUUUUGUGACGUCCACUAAACAGUGUAAUACAGAAUUUGACAGGAUCUAUGAGCAGCUGGGUAGGGAGUCUGUUCCAAAAUUUCCUGGGUUUCAGAGAGCUUCAAAUUUAAGGAAAUAUGAAGAAAUACAGAUGCCUGAAACUGUAAAUGCUCUUGUUAACUCUCCUAUUCGAACUUAUUCUGCAAUUUCCAGAAUUAAAAGAGCAGGACAUUUUCAAAACUCUCUUCCUUGUUCACCAACAAAGCGGCUGAAACUUAUACCAGAACAUUAUUUUUCUUCAAGGAAAUGUCAAGAUUUUUCCCACAGAAAAAUGGUUAAUCUUCAGACAGCUGGCAUGGAUUUUUUGAGCACAUACAACUGCAGCAACCCCAGCUUUUUUGCAGGUCACAGCUGUCAUUGUCAGGACUCUGGAUUUCAUGAUUCUUCAGAUAAAGGUUUUCUUGGUAUUCCUGGCACUUCCCUGCAAGAAUCUGGGAGUGCAGGUGCACACUCUGGUUGGCCUGGGGCAAUGGAGAAUUGCAGCUCUCCCAGAAAUGUGAGGAAGUGUCACAAAAGGGUAUACAGAAAACUAAGCUACACUGAUGGGAAAGACCAAUUGUAGGAAUCCCUUGGAUGACUCCCUGGUUAAAGCUCACCAAGAAGCAUUCAUGGACUGCUACAGAUAAAACAGUUUUACACGGGUUGGGUUUUAUUCAG